AGUGCCAAAAUUAAUGUUGAUGGUCCUCUUCUCACUGAGUCUGUAUCAUCAUACUGCGUAAUGGACAGGGUUGGCCAGUGUAUUGCAAGCUCCUUGCAUGGAAAGAGAAGGAUUCAAUGGGUUGUAUGUGACACCUGUCAGUGCUGGUACUAUUGCGUGUGCAUUGGUUUUCAAGUGGACCAAAAAAAGGAGUUUUCAUGUUGCAAAGAGAGUUCCUUACCAAAUGAAAUAGUGAUAUCUGGUGGAAGCAAAAGCACAAGCUACUUGCUGAAUCGAAAAGAUGUGAGGAGCCUUUACCCGAAGAGAGGAGUGUCUGAUGCAGUUAUUGACUACUUUACUAGGUUCAUGCUAGAAUGUGUACCACAUGCAAUGACUGUCGUCAGUGCUCUGACGUAUCAAAGACUCUCAAGAUUGUUCGAAACAAACAAGUUGCAAAAGUACGGACCGAUUGAAGAGUGGGUACAGAAACUCAAACGGAGUUGAUGUAUGCACAUUGCAAGAAAAGGCAUGGAUUCUGUUUCCGUGUAGAGUAAGAGGCUGGCACUGGAUUCUUGUUGCUGUCAAUCUCCCAAAGAAAACUGUCUAUGUUCUUGACUCCCAGUCGCCAAUUCUCUCACUUUUUAGAGCAGGCAACACAAGAUUGUUCAAUUCUUAAGCAUGUGCAUUCGACAACCUGCAAAGAUGGAUAUACAGUGUGUGAAGUCUUCUUGGAUACUCCACGCACUCCUUGUUUCGUGAUGGAUUUCAUUUCACGAAUGUUUAUUGUAUAUGUGGCCGCUCAGGAUGGAGUUGAAUGUGGCAUUCAUGUGAUACACAAUAUUAUGACAAUGGUCAAGUUUUCUGGACUACCUGCAUCAAAGCACCUGCAAAAGUCUGUAAACACUGCUGAAUUACGUGGAUUGAUCCUGUUAUCAUGCUACUCCACUCAACAAAGCCAAAAGACAUCUCACGGAGUCAGAAGGAGUAAAAGGGUUGCUAAUACAGAUCUGCAGACUGAUGAUGAUGCCAGUGUAUCUGUUAAGAAGACAGCAAAAUCGAAGCCUUAACUGCUAUUAUUACUCGACAUUAAUUGUAUAGCUUGUAGUAUAUAGCUCAGAAUGUUUAUUUACUAUUGUAUAUAAUUA